AUGUCACGAGGCAUCGCUAAAAUAUUUAGGUAUAGUAUAGUUAAACAAGAUAAGAAAGUUUCUGAUGGUAAAGCUCACAAUUUCAGGCAAAAAUACGGCGGCCUGGAGGAACUUCGUGCCCAAAAUCUAGCUCCGGGAGGAGUCGGCGCCCUCAAACCUGAGGGUAGAUUGUUGUUCUACCUGGUAACAAAAAAACAUUUUUGGGGAAAGCCCACUUAUCGAACUAUAUUUUUGGCGCUGCGUCGCGUACGCGAGUAUGCCAACCUAUACAAUGUAAACAAAGUGGCCUUCCCCAGAAUUGCAUGCGGUCUGGACAGGAAGAACUGGGGAGUCAUCUCUAAAAUAAUAAAAUUUGUAGCAUCACAACACUAUUUAAGGUGUGUACCUUGAAAAUACCGGCAAAAUAAACGAUACACAUCCAGCUCUGCCGGUCUCAGAAGCUGGCGUUUGCUUUAGAAUGUUUAUUAUGUAAUACAUAAUAAUAUGCAGGAAUCGAAGAUACAGACCCCAAAAGUACAGCGAUGGGGAGUGGAAGAUGUGGUGGGCACAAUAUAAUACAGGCGUCACCCACUACUGCGAUUACGAGGAAGUUAGAGCAGAUUUAUUCACUGCUCCACUAGAUUACUCGUUGGGACAUUGUGUUUCGCAAGAUCUGAAAAUGUCACGAGGCAUCGCUAAAAUAUUUAGGCAAAAAUACGGCGGCCUGGAGGAACUUCGUGCCCAACAUCUAGCUCCGGGAGGAGUCGGCGCCCUCAAACCUGAGGGUAGAUUGUUGUUCUACCUGGUAACAAAAAAACAUUUUUGGGGAAAGCCCACUUAUCGAACUAUAUUUUUGGCGCUGCGUCGCGUACGCGAGUAUGCCAACCUAUACAAUGUAAACAAAGUGGCCUUCCCCAGAAUUGCAUGCGGUCUGGACAGGAAGAACUGGGGACUCAUCUCUAAAAUAAUAAAAUUUGUGUUUCAAGAUACUGAAAUAUCAAUAAUAAAUAUAUGUGAU